AUGGCGCACGCUGCGGCUCACAUUAAGAAAGCCCGGUUAGAGAUGGACCCAACGCCAGAUCAGAAGGCGCUGGAGAAAGCCCGGGAGAGGAGGAGGAGGUCCAGGGAGAGGGCUGAACGCAAGCGCAAGUCGGACAGUAACACGAGUUUCCUGCGAGCGGCCAGAGCGGGGAAUAUCGACAAGGUUUUGGAAUUCCUGAAAGGCGGAGUGGACAUCGGCACAUGCAAUCAGAAUGGACUCAACGCUCUGCACUUGGCCGCCAAAGAGGGCCACAUGGAUCUGGUCCAGGAGCUGCUGGAGAGGGGAGCCAGCGUCGACGCAGCCACUAAGAAAGGAAACACAGCUCUCCACAUAGCGUCUCUGGCCGGUCAGGGGGAAGUCGUGAAGAUCCUGGUCAAACGGGGGGCGGACAUCAACUCACAGUCACAGAAUGGGUUCACUCCGCUGUACAUGGCCGCGCAGGAGAACCAUCUGGACGUGGUGCGGUACCUGCUGGAGAACGGAGGCAACCAGAGCACGGCCACAGAGGACGGCUUCACCCCGCUGGCCAUCGCCUUACAGCAGGGCCAUAACCAGGUGGUGUCCAUUUUACUGGAGAACGACACGAAGGGGAAAGUGCGCCUGCCCGCCCUGCACAUCGCCGCGCGCAAAGACGACACCAAAUCCGCCGCCCUACUCCUGCAGAACGACCACAACGCUGACGUACAGUCCAAGAUGAUGGUCAAUAGGACGACUGAGAACGGAAAGAGUGGAUUCACCCCCCUGCACAUCGCGGCUCACUAUGGAAAUGUAAACGUGGCCACACUUUUGCUGAACAGAGGAGCAGCGGUGGACUUCACAGCACGGAAUGGCAUCACUCCUCUUCAUGUGGCCUCUAAGCGUGGGAACACUAACAUGGUGCGCCUCCUACUGGACAGAGGCUCUCAGAUCGAUGCUAAAACCAGGGACGGUCUGACUCCGCUUCACUGUGCGGCUCGCAGUGGACAUGACACGGCUGUGGAACUGCUGCUGGAGAGGGGAGCCCCCCUGCUGGCCAGGACCAAGAACGGUCUGUCCCCUCUGCACAUGGCGGCUCAGGGCGACCACGUGGAGUGUGUCAAACACCUGCUGCAGCACAAGGCGCCUGUUGAUGAUGUUACACUGGACUACCUGACCGCCCUGCACGUGGCCGCUCACUGUGGACACUACAGAGUCACCAAACUACUGCUGGACAAGAGAGCCAACCCCAACGCACGCGCCCUGAAUGGCUUCACUCCACUGCACAUCGCCUGUAAGAAGAACAGAGUGAAGGUGAUGGAGCUGCUGGUCAAAUAUGGAGCCUCUAUCCAAGCCAUCACAGAGUCUGGUCUCACCCCGAUCCAUGUGGCAGCCUUCAUGGGCCACCUCAACAUCGUCCUGCUGCUGCUGCAGAACGGAGCCUCCCCGGAUGUCUCCAACAUUCGUGGAGAGACGGCACUACAUAUGGCAGCAAGAGCAGGCCAAGUCGAGGUGGUCCGAUGUCUGCUGAGGAAUGGAGCCAUUGUGGAUGCUCGGGCGCGGGAGGACCAGACACCCUUACAUAUCGCAUCACGACUGGGUAAAACAGAAAUCGUUCAGCUGCUGCUCCAGCACAUGGCUCACCCUGACGCAGCCACCACCAACGGCUACACCCCCCUGCACAUCUCCGCCCGCGAGGGUCAGGUGGAGACUGCCUCUGUGCUGCUGGAGGCAGGGGCCUCACACUCACUCGCCACUAAGAAAGGCUUCACUCCCCUUCAUGUGGCAGCUAAGUACGGAAGCCUGGAUGUGGCCAAACUUCUGCUGCAGCGCCGUGCCCCACCUGACUCUGCUGGAAAGAAUGGACUCACCCCGCUCCACGUUGCAGCUCAUUAUGAUAACCAGAAGGUGGCGCUCCUGCUGCUGGAUAAGAACGCAUCACCCCACACCAUGGCCAAGAAUGGCUACACUCCUCUCCACAUCGCAGCCAAGAAGAACCAGAUGGAGAUCGCCACAGUGCUGCUGGACUACGGGGCAGAGACCAACAUCCUGACCAAACAGGGCGUGACCCCCCUGCACCUGGCGUCUCAGGAGGGACACGCUGAGAUGGCUGCUCUGCUGCUCAGCAAGGGGGCGCAGGUCAACACCCCCACCAAGAGUGGCCUGACGUCCCUUCACCUCGCCGCUCAGGAGGACAAAGUGUCUGUGGCUGAGAUCCUGGUUCGACACGGAUCCACUCUCGACCAGCAAACCAAAUUGGGCUACACGCCGCUCAUUGUAGCAUGUCACUAUGGCAACGGCAAAAUGGUGAACUUCCUGUUACAGAACGGAGCCAGUGUGAAUGCCAAAACUAAGAAUGGAUACACUCCACUUCACCAAGCGGCCCAGCAGGGAAAUACACAUAUCAUCAAUGUGCUGCUGCAGUACGGAGCCAAGCCCAACGCCAUCACUGUGAACGGUAACACUGCUCUGGGGAUCGCCCGGAGGCUCGGCUACAUCUCUGUGGUGGACACGCUCAGAGUCAUCACAGAGGAGAUCAUCACCACCACUACGACGGUGACAGAGAAGCAUAAACUCAAUGUACCUGAAACCAUGACUGAAGUCUUGGACGUGUCAGAUGAAGAGGGAGACGAUACGAUGACAGGUGAUGGAGGGGAGUACCUGAGAGCGGAGGACCUGAGGGAGCUCGGGGACGACUCUCUCCCAGGACAAUAUCUGGACGGGAUGAACUACCUGCGCUUCAGCCUGGAGGGGGGACGCACGGACAGUUCGGACAGGUCCUUCACCCCGACCCACCACAGCUACUACUCCCCCAAACACGAGGGUCUGAUGGAGGAGCUGCUCAACAGUCAGCAGAUUUCGUCCCUGGCCAGAGAGAAUGACAGAGAGAACUACAGGCUGAGCUGGGGCACAGAGAACUUGGACAAUGUGGCCCUGUCCUCUAGCCCCAUCCACUCUGGUCGCUCUUCUCCGUGCCACCAUGGAGACCACAGCAGUUUCUUGGUGAGCUUCAUGGUGGACGCGCGGGGAGGAGCCAUGCGCGGCUGUCGGCACAAUGGCCUCCGCAUCAUCAUCCCCCCAAAGAAGUGCAGCGCUCCCACCCGCAUCACCUGUCGCCUGGUCAAGAGGCACCGGCUGGCCUCCAUGCCCCCCAUGGUGGAGGGCGAGGGGCUGGCCAGCAGGAUCAUCGAGGUGGGGCCCUCCGGAGCACAGUUCCUCGGCCCUGUGAUAGUGGAGAUCCCUCACUUUGCUGCUCUGAGGGGCAGAGAGCGAGAGCUGGUGAUCCUGAGGAGUGAGACUGGAGAGAGCUGGAAGGAGCACACGUGUGAACACACCCAGGAGGAGCUCAACCAGAUCCUCAACGGCAUGGACGAAGACCUGGACCCACCGGAGGAGCUGGAGAGGAAGCGUAUCUGCCGCAUCAUCACCAGAGACUUCCCGCAGUACUUCGCUGUGGUGUCGCGGGUGAAACAGGACAAUAACCUGAUCGGGCCAGAAGGGGGCAUCCUGAGCAGCACUGUGGUCCCCCAAGUGCAGGCUGUGUUUCCUGAAGGGGCCCUGACCAAGAGGAUCAGAGUCGGACUGCAGUCCCAACCCGUGCCUCUGGAUGUAGUGAGAAGGAUCCUGGGUAACAAAGCAACAUUUAGCCCCAUCGUCACACUGGAGCCCCGAAGAAGGAAGUUCCACAAACCCAUCACCAUGACGAUACCUGUCCCCAAGACCAACGCCGACCCCAUCCUCAACGGGUUCGGAGGAGACACGCCCACUCUACGGCUGCUCUGUAGUAUCACUGGUGGGACGACGCCAGCUCAAUGGGAGGACAUAACAGGAACCACGCCAUUAACCUUUAUCAACGACUGUGUCUCCUUCACCACCAACGUCUCCGCCAGGUUCUGGCUCAUAGACUGUCGGCAAGUGCAGGAGUCGGUCAACUUCUCCACUCAGGUGUACCGGGAGAUCAUUUGUGUCCCGUACAUGGCCAAGUUUGUCAUCUUCGCCAAGACCCAUGACCCCAUCGAGGCCCGGCUCCGCUGCUUCUGCAUGACCGAUGACAAGAUCGACAAAACUUUGGAGCAGCAGGAGAACUUCACUGAGGUGGCACGCAGCAGAGACGUAGAGGUUCUAGAGGGUAAACCUAUCUAUGCAGAGUGCUUCGGCAACCUCGUCCCUCUCACCAAAAGUGGCCAGCAUCAUCUUUUCAGCUUUUUUGCCUUUAAGGAGAACCGACUAGCUCUUUUUAUCAAAAUCCGAGACAAUACUCAGGAGCCAUGUGGACGCCUGUCCUUUUUGAAAGAACCCAGGAAUUAUAGAUCGCUCACCCAAAACGCCAUAUGUAACCUUAAUAUCACCCUGCCAUCGUACUCCAAGAAUGGCAGAACACAGGAGAAAUUAGAUCCACAGGAUGAAGCCGAGAGACAAGAGCACCGGUUGGCCCUAAUCGCUGAUCAUUUGGGCUUUAGUUGGACAGAAUUGGCACGUGAACUGAACUUUAGUGAAGAUAGAAUAAACCUAAUCAGGGCGGAAUACCCAAACUCACUGCAAGAUCAAAGCCAUGCCCUUUUGAGGUUCUGGGCAGAGCAGGAAGGAAGCCAAACACCAGAAACCACAUUAAUCAAAAGACUUACUUCAAUUAACCGUAUGGACAUAGUUCAUCUCAUUGAAACCAAGAUCAUGAAAUCCACUCAGGAUGAGACAUCAUCACAAACCUAUGCAGAAAUAGAACAAACCAUAGCCCUUGAUCACAGUGAAGGUUUCUCUGCUCUUCAUGAAGAUAUUGACAGUCCAAGACCAGGUCGCCGUACAGAGACUACUUGUAAGAGUCCGCAGACAGGACAGGCUGUACCCAUGGUGUCCUCAGAGGAUCUGUCCUCCAGCUGGUCGUCACUCCCAGAGACAACAGGACGAUCAGAAACAGACCUUAUUAGAAGUGUCCAGAAAGGAAGAAUACAAAAGGAGAUGGAAAUUUCAUCACAAGGAAUAUAUGAGGAAGUGGGAGACCCAUCUCUACACACAGGGAGUUUGAAACAAGAGAUAGCAGAGGAGCUAGGGGCUCUGUCUGAUAGUUCAGAAGAAGAGAUACUGACCACCAGAGUGGUCCGAAGAAGAGUUAUCAUUCAGGCGGACACGUUACCAGAAAUCCCACCACAGACUGUUACUGAGGAGCAGUACACGGACGAGCACGGAAACAUGGUGGUCAAGAAGAUUACGCGGAAGGUGAUUCGGAAGUAUGUGUCUCCAGACGGCCUGGAGACACAGGAAGUGACGAUGGAAGGGUCUCAGCAGGACAUGGUUCGGAUAGACGAGGGAGACACGGUGUCGAAGGUGAUCAAGAGGACAGUCCUGCACAGUGAAGGGGAGCAGAGAGAGUUGAGCUUCUCCGAGCCGCUGUCUCUGGGCGCUGCCAGAGCUUCGGAGUUUGAGUCGGAGCCGGUGCAAGGUCGGAAAGUCAGUAAAGUGGUGAAGACGACGGUGGUGAGAGGAGAGCGGCUGGAGAAGCAGACAGGAGAGUCGUCGCUGGCCUCAGAUCUGCCCUCAGCCAGAGAGGACUUUGAGAAGGCGUUGGUCUAUGCGGGGGGCUUUGGGAAAGUGCAGCUCCCUCAUGUAAGAGAGAGGGAGAUUGUACAAGAGGACGGUUCUGUAGUCAAAAGAAGUCAGAUGCGUAAGGCGCGCACCCAGAAGAGGACCGUGGUGAGGGACGAGCGAGGCAAGCAGGUGCACCUGGAGCGAGAGGACGACACCCCCUACGCCCUGCAACCCGACGUACUACAGCAGCACCUCCACAGGCUGCUACUGCAAUACUGCCAGGACCAGGAACACAGGGGGCGGAUACGCAAGGACCAGAGCCAAUCAGAGAGAGAGGAGGAAGAGGGGGAGGAGGAGGAGAGCUCCGAGUGAACUCCGAACCUCUCCGAUACGUCGAAGUGAAAGGAGCGUAAUUCCCAAAGGUCUUGAUUGUUUUGUGACCAAAGAUAGUUGUUUUUUGUCGAUGGAGCUUCAGUUGCAGUUUGAUUGACAGCAGGGCGUUGGGGACGGUAGAUUUCAGCGGACGGACUUUGCCUCACGUGGACCUCUUCUGGACGACAAAUAAAAAAUGAAAAACUUUUGUAAAGCUUUGUACAUAGAGGGAAUCGCGCUUGAAAAAAGGAGAGAAGCAUUUACAACAUUUGCCCCAUAGAGCUGCUGUACUGUUACGGAGCAGAGCUGGAGACCGGGCCGGACUCUGUUCACUUCACACCUUCCAGUCUUCCCAUAAUGCAUCUGCCCUUCUCGUGUGUGUGCGUGUGUGUCCUCGUGUUGUGCGCUCACAUCGGUCGGGUCAUACAGAGCAGUCACUCGUGUGUGUAAAUGAUCAAAAGUAAUGAUGAAUGUUGUGUUGAGAUUCAAAGCAGGAGAAGCACUUAAACUCCACGUUCAGCUGCCGAGCCUUUACUGGAUGAAGCCGGCUGAGUUUAGCAUCAGCAAAGCCCGAGGUCUGUCCACAAGUUUGAACCAUAGACUGUACUGAAAAAAAGUUCAAUACAAAUCUCUGUAACGUCACGAUCCUGCUGUUUUAAUUUAGCUAUUUUCCCCGAGGUCACUCCAUAAAAUCUGAAGGUGAACCCAAGAUGCGUUGUAUUGUUUUCAGUCUCCUGUGCUCAUUGUCGCAUGGGCCCAAAAAUACAGGCAAGCUCCUCCCACCCGCGCGACGUAUGUAAUGUGGACGACAUGGAGAGUUUGGACCAAUCAGAGCCAAUCAGAGUUCUGCGUCGCCUCAACACACACUGCCACCGUCGCCUUGUCGCCGUCGUUUUUGAUUUAUGGAUUUAUGUCGAAGUUUAUGCACCUCGAAGUAAUUCACCGCCACAACUCUUGGAGCCUAGGAUUUUAAAAUGCUGUUCGUGUAAACAAAAUGAAGUGGUGUACCGAAGUGGAGCACUGGAAAUGUCUGUAGAGCGGAUUUAGAGAGGACCAAUCACAGCCCUUAUUGUCUGCGUCGCCUUCCUUUGCUGUCUGCGUCGGUUCAACGCGUAGGUAGAAAAUUUUGGAGGUGCACAUCGGUCAAGGGGUUCAAGGCGUUGCAAACUCUCUGCGUCACACUGACAAUUUGAUGCAAGACUAUAAACUGGGCUUAAGUCUUACAAAGCUAAGUUUUAGGGGUUUUGACGAUUUAAAAAUGUAGUUUAUGCUGUGAAAAUGGAAAAGAAUCCUAAAAAAUACAACCUUUGUGAAAGUUGUGGAUGCCCCUGUCAGCCAACCACAGUUUGAAUUCCCAAAAAAUGCAUUGCGCUCUAUGGGAAAAGUCAUUCUGGGCCCAAGCUUCCGGGAGCUUCAGUACCUGGAGCAGCCGCUAGUCCGUCUCGAACCAGGACAGAGGGGGAGGGGCUUACCAGUUUUUAUUAUAGAUCCAUGGGUCACUCCAGCUAGCAUCAACAACAGGUGCGAUUGACAGCGCUGCUAAGCACUCGCCUUCAACACCCUCCCUUCAGGUUGGCUCUUUCGUUGCUCUGAUGCUCCAAAUACACCAAAUUCACUCGUAUAACUGCAAGCCUCGAUGAGCUUCAUUUGACUGGAGCUGAACGUUAUGGCGACGUCACACUCCUUUAGUCCACUUCUUUAUACAGUCUAUGGUUUGAAUACAACUCUGUUAAGUACAUUUAUUAACUAUUUUACUCAUGACAUGACAAAAAUAGAGUUUAGAAAUCUUAGAAAUGGUAAUUACAAUGAAAGGUGACACUUCUAACUAAAUGUAGAGCAUCCCAAAACACUUUGAACUGAAUUUAGGCAUAGAGGAGGAUGAAAUGAGUUUUUAGAAUUUGAUAGUUCUUCACCCUGAACUGGAUAGCACUUGUAGCGUCCCACAAUUAUGAGAAAAACAUUGUAUUUUAGCUGUAUUCCGAUAGGUCAUAAUCAUAAUAAUUUUGCAAUAAUCCUCGCAGGUUUCUAGAAGCAUUGCCAGACAGAGUUCGCCUUUGCUCUAGUUGUGAUCUCAGCCGGCCCAGUCCUUGUCCAGAGCACUCCACUUCGCUUUAACCCCCCCCGUCCCACCAGAGCUCCCGAUCACCUCUUCACUUUGUAUCUUAUUUAUUUAUUUUGCUGUCCACGUGAUGGCUGUGGCGACAUUUGCGUGUGUGCUUGAAUGUGUUUCGAAGUAUAGACAAUGGAACGUUUUUAUCACUGUAGAAAAUACAUGAAUUAUGCUCAUAUGUCAUAAGUAUGUUUGGUGUGAAUCUCCAGUUUCAGACUAAAAAGGAACAAAACCAAACGAUCCACAUCUUGUCAUUUGCUGGAUGUGAACAAAGAGAAUAAAAUAAUAAUAAUAAUAAUAAUAAUUGGUUUAUUAAAAAGCAUCUUGUUUCCACUAUAUCAUAAUACCAGUGCAAAUACCUAUGCGGGCAUGUACAAGUUUAUCAAAUGACUACUAAAAACGCUAACCUAGCAGCUGCAGUGUGUACAUGGCAGACAAUA